AUGGACCCUGAAACUCGCAAAUGUAAAGUUUCUCGAGAUGUGGUGUUUGAUGAAAUCUCUUGUUACUAUAGCCCUGGUGGUGUCUUUGUCGGUACUCCUUCAACAAUUAAAGAAUAUGAAGAAUUGCCCAUGAGCUUGCCAGUGACUUCUUCGACUCCUACUUCUUCUAGUAUCUCAUUAUCACCGUCAUCACUAGUAAUGUCUAAAAACUUUUCUUCUUCAGAAUUAAGGGAAUCUAGUGAUAGGGGGAGCGAAGUUAAUUCUCGCGAGGUGGAGCAAGAGGAGAAUGCUAACUUGGAGGGAACAAAUGCUCCAAAAAUGACUCGGUUCGGAAGGCAAGUCAUUAAGCCAAUUCGUUAUCCAGAUGGUAAUUUGGUGGAGCUGAUUUUUCAAAAUCUUCUCUUACCAAACCUCCAUGAUAGUAACAAUAUCGUCUAUGAUUACACAAGUAAAGAUGACUUGGUGGCUGUUGAAAUUGGCAGGUACUGA